CACGUCUCCCGAGGGAGGCAGAUGGAGGGAGGCCGGCCUUCGCCUUUAAGAGCACUCUCCUGCCACCCCUCCCUUUCCCCAGAGGCGAGCUUCAUCAGGCAGGAGCCAGAGGCCAGAGAAAGAGCGUGCAGCUCCAGAGGCGGCCGCUGACAGCACCAGCAUGUCUUACAGUGUGACCCUGACUGGGCCUGGGCCCUGGGGCUUCCGUCUGCAGGGGGGCAAGGACUUCAACAUGCCCCUCACUAUUUCCCGGAUCACACCAGGCAGCAAGGCAGCCCAGUCCCAGCUCAGCCAGGGUGACCUUGUGGUGGCCAUUGACGGCGUCAACACAGACACCAUGACCCACCUGGAAGCCCAGAACAAGAUCAAGUCUGCCAGCUACAACUUGAGCCUCACCCUGCAGAAAUCGAAGCGUCCCAUUCCCAUCUCCACGACAGCACCCCCAGUCCAGACCCCUCUGCCAGUGAUCCCCCACCAGAAGGACCCCGCUCUGGAUACGAACGGCAGCCUGGUGGCACCCAGCCCCAGCCCUGAGGCGAGGGCCAGCCCAGGCACCCCGGGCACCCCGGAGCUCAGGCCUACCUUUAGCCCUGCCUUCUCCCCGCCCUCUGCCUUCUCCUCACUCGCCGAGGCCUCUGCCCCUGGCCCUCCGCGGGUCAGACUGAGGGCCAAGACCAGCCCGGACGGGGCCCGGGACCUACUCGGCCCGAAAGCCCUGCCGGGCUCGAGCCAGCCGAGGCAAUAUAACAACCCCAUUGGCCUGUACUCGGCAGAGACCCUGAGGGAGAUGGCUCAGAUGUACCAGAUGAGCCUCCGAGGGAAGGCCUCGGGUGUCGGACUCCCAGGAGGGAGCCUCCCUAUUAAGGACCUUGCCGUAGACAGCGCCUCUCCUGUCUACCAGGCUGUGAUUAAGAACCAGAACAAGCCGGAAGAUGAGGCUGACGAGUGGGCACGCCGCUCCUCCAACCUGCAGUCUCGCUCCUUCCGCAUCCUGGCCCAGAUGACAGGGACAGAAUUCAUGCAAGACCCUGAUGAAGAAGCUCUACGAAGGUCAAGCACCCCUAUUGAGCAUGCGCCAGUGUGCACCAGCCAGGCCACCACCCCGCUGCUGCCCGCUUCUGCCCAGCCGCCUGCUGCUGCCUCUCCCAGUGCAGCUUCGCCACCCCUGGCCACAGCUGCUGCCCACACUGCCAUCACCUCUGCCGCCACCACAGCCCCUGCUUCAAGUCCUGCCGACAGCCCAAGGCCCCAGGCCUCUUCCUACAGCCCAGCAACGGCCGCCUCUUCAGCACCUGCCACUCACACCAGCUACAGUGAGGGCCCCGCCGCCCCUGCACCCAAGCCCCGGGUUGUCACCACUGCCAGCAUCCGGCCUUCUGUCUACCAGCCAGUGCCUGCAUCUACCUACAGCCCGUCCCCAGGGGCCAAUUACAGUCCCACUCCCUACACUCCCUCGCCUACCCCUGCCUACACCCCCUCACCUGCCCCUGCCUAUACCCCCUCGCCUGCCCCUGCCUAUACCCCCUCGCCUGCCCCCACCUACACUCCAUCCCCAGCACUAGCCUAUACCCCUUCGCCUGCUCCCAACUAUAACCCCGCACCCUCGGCGGCCUAUAGCGGGGGCCCUGCAGAGCCUGCUAGCCGUCCCCCCUGGGUGACAGAUGACAGCUUCUCCCAGAAGUUUGCCCCGGGCAAGAGCACCACUUCCAUCAGCAAGCAGACCCUGCCCCGGGGGGGCCCAGCCUACACCCCGGCGGGUCCCCAGGUGCCACCACUUGCCAGGGGGACCGUCCAGAGGGCUGAGCGCUUCCCAGCCAGCAGCCGGACUCCACUCUGCGGCCACUGCAACAACGUCAUCCGGGGCCCAUUUCUGGUAGCCAUGGGCCGUUCUUGGCACCCUGAGGAGUUCAACUGUGCCUACUGCAAGAGUUCCCUGGCAGAUGUGUGCUUUGUGGAAGAGCAGAACAACGUUUACUGUGAGCGAUGUUAUGAGCAAUUCUUUGCCCCACUCUGUGCCAAGUGCAACACCAAAAUUAUGGGGGAAGUGAUGCAUGCCUUGAGACAGACAUGGCACACCACCUGCUUCGUCUGUGCGGCCUGCAAGAAGCCUUUCGGAAACAGCCUCUUCCACAUGGAAGAUGGGGAGCCCUACUGCGAGAAAGACUACAUCAAUCUGUUCAGCACCAAGUGUCACGGCUGCGAUUUCCCCGUGGAGGCCGGCGACAAGUUCAUUGAAGCCCUGGGCCACACCUGGCAUGACACCUGCUUCAUUUGCGCGGUCUGCCAUGUGAAUCUGGAGGGGCAGCCGUUCUACUCCAAGAAGGACAGACCCCUGUGCAAGAAGCACGCACACACCAUCAACUUGUAGGCGGCUGAGGCCGCCUGUGCUGAUGAGGCCCAGAGCUGCUCCUGCUGCUGGCAACAAAGGAUUCGGGAGGCUGAUGUUUCUUCUGAGGGGAACAGGGAGAGAGAGGAAGCAACUGAGCCCUUUGGAAGUAUAAUUUUAGGUUUUUUCUUCUGUACACAAAUCGUGUAUUUGCAUAGUUCAGACUAGGAGCCAAAUGAAGACUCAAAACCAAGCUAGUUAUUAAUCUAAGACUGGAAUUGUGCUUCAGACAUUUAGAGCAGAAUUCCAAGAACUCAAAAGUGAAAAGCAACAAGCAGCUUUCCCAAAGCGAUACACUUCCUGCGGUCACCAGAGGAGGACAGAGCUCAGAGCAGCUGUGGAGAAUCUGAAGCAUUCUGUGGAGUUCUUAAGCGCUCCCCUGGCAAACAAAUUGAAGUGCCAAACAGCACUCGCUGCAGGGUAUUUUUAGAGUCAUAGCUGAGAGCUUGUUAGCUAAGACCCAUUGGGCUUUCCUCACCAAAAAAGGAAGUGUUAUUCCAUUACUAGCGUCAUGGAGCUACCUCUGCGCAUCAGACUUCAGACCUUGAACAAACUUGAAACAUUCUAAUGGGAGCCCGGACGUCCAAAGAGAUGUCUUCUGGGAGCCACUGGGCAAUUGCCAGGGCUCCAGGAAGGGCUCUGGCUCAGGUUGCAGACAGCUGAGAAAAGAUGGCCCUGUCAGCCACCCUCUCGCAGUCUGAAACAUCCAAUGUCCCCAGAAGGCUUAGCUCCUUUUUGAAUUGUGAUGGGAAAGUAGAAUUGGGUUUUUCCAGUUUUGCUCUGUGGUGUGUGAGAGAUUUUUUAAAGGCUCUGGGUUGUCUUUGGCCUUUGUUUAGCUUUAAGAGGUUUCGUUAGUAUGAGUGUCCAGUCGUGUGCAUGAAUUUCACCCCAACCUGUGACUGCUCACUUACGAUGUCUCCCCCAGUACCCUCCAUCUCAAAUAGGCUUGGUGGCCUGUGGAAAAGAAGAGAGACAGAGAGACAGUGUCUGAAACAGGAUGGCAGAAUAGGCUCACAUGCCCAAACUCUGGGUGGGGAAGAGAAAACUUACUUUCUGCCACCCUCAGUAAGAACACACGAGGAGGCAGGACCUCCCACCUUCAGGUCUGCACCAUCCAUUUCAAAUGUUCCUUAAAAUGCAGCACACUGAGUUUGUACAACUGUGUUAGCUGCUGGAAGGAACAGAUGCACUGAUAUAUAUGCAUUUGCUGUUUUGGCCAAUAUUUUGAAAAUGUAUGAGCUGAGUUGAUCUAGCUAUUAUUUAAGUAUUUAUUGAAGUAGAGGGGCCUUCAAACUACUUUAUGAUACUAGUGAUAGUUUGAGUUAGGUAAGCAUCUUAAAGCUGUUUGGUGAUAAAUAAGGCAGUUUAGAUUCUGUGGUUGGAAAUAGUGUAGUCACUUUCGUCUUUAGGAAGCCCUGAUAAUAUGCUCAUCGAAAACAUGGCAUUGAUGCAGGCAGUUUGCAUGAGUGUUUCUCACUUGAGCACGCUAUUUAGGCUGUCUUCCAACUCACUCUAUUCUGUUCUUACUCCUGUUUUGGAUUUUUCUCUUUGCACGUUUGAAAUAUUUUAUGGGAAUGUAUUAGAACUCUUUUCUUCUAAGGACUGAGACUUCCAGGGGACUGCCAUCUUACCUGAGUGUCUCCUCUCCAUUAGGGAGAAGGAAGCAGCUAGCUGUGUCCCUAGCUGCAGGAAGCCCCUAUUUUUUUCCAAGUAGGAAGCCACCAAUCUCCCCCAGGGAGCACCAGGGAGGGACAUGGAUGUGCUCCUGCCACAGGGCCCUUCCUACCUUUGGAUCUGCGAGAAGGUGAAUACACAGCAGCAGGCAGAGUAAAAUCUGCUGGGACUGCCUGGAGAUUUUUCAGGAGUUGCAGACAAAUACCUUGGAGCAUUCUGUUAUUUUUGGAAAGUUCAAAUAGGCCAGGACAAGGAGGUUGCUGACUGUACUGACAGGCCCUAAGUCGUUUUCUCCGAAAACUAUCUAUUCAAUUGUCAGGGACUGGUCUUGAGGAAAGAAAGAAAGAAAAAAAACGUUCCCUAGAAUUCAGUUUCCAAAAUCUCUUUUUAAAGGUUUUACACACACACGCACACACACACAUACGAUCAUUAAAAAGCAUAUGAUCAUUAAGAAGAAAAGUGAAAUAUCUUAAAGGAUAGUUUUACCACAGUCCUUUAUUGAAUCAAUUUUUCUACAUUUCAGAGCAAGUAUAGAUUCUGAGGGACUCUUAUUUGCCAAAAAAAAAAAAAAACAAAACUAGCAAAAAAUUUUAAAAAAAAAGAAAAAAAAAGAAAAAAAAACCCAACACUUAAAAUGUAGCAGGAAAAGAAGGUAGUUUUGAGUGUGGUUCACUCAGUGUCUGUGAGUCUGGUGUAGUGUCAGGAAUAAGGCUGUGUCUAGCUCAAGUUUACAUUGUGGAUGUCCUACAACACCAACAAAAUUUUUCAUAAUCCAUGGUGGGGAGCACACUUUGGAGCUACAGUUCUUGUCUCCUCAUUGUUGACAUUAAUUUAACAUUUAUAGGCCAGGUGCCGUGGCUCACGCCUGUUAUCCCAGCACUUUGGGAGGCUGAGGCAGGUGGAUCACCUGAGGUCAGGUGUUUGAAACCAGCCUGGCCAAUAUGGUGAAACCCUAUCUCUACUAAAGAUACACAAAAUUAGCCGGGUGUGGUGGCGGGUGCCUGUAGUCCCAGCUACUUGGGAGGCUGAGGCAGGAGAAUCUCCUGAAUCCUGGAGGUGGAGGUUGCAGUGAGCCGAGAUCAUGCCAUUGCACUCCGGCCUGGGCAACAAGAGUGAAACUCCGUCUCAAAAAAAAAAAAAAAAAAAAAAAAAAAGAUAAACACAACUUUUUGCAAUGGAGUGACAUAUCUGCAGCUUAUAUCUGCAGUGUUUGUGUUAGGAACCUAGCUUUUAUAAUGUUAACUUUUUAACUCAGUAUUCUGGCUUUGGGACUUUUUGUUUUGUUUUGGGUAAGAUUUCAGAAGUGGAAUGUAGCCUGUUAAAAGUGUGCACAAAAAUAUUUUGCAUGUUUUUUUUUCCUCCUGUGUGAAUUCUACUUUUUAGCAAAAAUAAAAGCCCCCCAAAGGAUGUGCAAAUACA